AUCUUAUAUCUUAAAAAUAUAUUUUUUCUUUUUUAAAAAGUUCACUUUAUUCUUUUUUCUAAAACAAAACGAGAACAUGGAAUUGUCUAACAAUACCUCUCUAAACGCGAAAUUUCACCAGAAAAACAAUAAAGCUUAUAACUUAAAACAACUAGAAGAGCGCAUGGAUAAACUCAAAAUUGAAUCCGGAUUUGAGUGUUCUGCAAAGCGCGUUGCUCUAGCGCCAAAAACUGUUGUUAACGAGCCUAGAGUGUGGCAUUUAGAUGAUUUUGAAAUGGGGAACCCUCUUGGUGAAGGGCGUUUCGGUCGUGUUUAUAUGGCAAGAGAAAAGGAUAGUAAGAAGAUUGUUGCUAUCAAAGUAAUAUUUAAAAAAGAAUUUCGAGAAAAUAAUAUGAUAGAACAACUAAAACGCGAAGUGGAGAUUCAGUCUCAUCUGAGACAUUCUAAUAUCUUACGCUUAUAUGGAUACUUUCACGAUAAGCAUCGCGUAUUUUUGGUGUUAGAAUAUGCCGAAAAUGGAGAAUUGUAUAAGAAUCUUCAAAAAGAUGGGCCUUUUACAGAACAUAAAGCAGCAAGUUAUAUAUCUCAGAUAGCAGCUGCUCUUGUCUAUCUUCAAAAGAAAAAAGUAAUUCAUCGAGAUAUGAAGCCAGAAAAUAUACUAUUGUCAAGUGAUGGUAAAAUAAAGAUUUCGGAUUUCGGAUGGGCGAUUCAUACACCAGACGCAAGCCAGAGACGUAUGACAUUCUGUGGUACGCCUGAUUACUUGGCACCUGAAAUGAUCAAAGACAUGGGUUAUGGCCAAAAGAUAGAUGCGUGGGCGCUUGGAGUGUUGUGUUAUGAAUUUUUGGUUGGGGAGCCUCCUUUCAUGGUUGAAGACUUACGUGAAACUUAUCAAAAAAUUGCCACAGUAGAUUAUAAAAUACCAGAUCAAAUCUCUUUGGAAGCUAAAGAUCUUAUUUCGUCUUUAUUACAGUCCGAUCCUGAGAAACGUUUGCCCCUCGAUCAAGUUACGACACACCCAUGGAUUUUGAAGAAUAAGUAAUCAGUUUAUGGAAUAUGAAAGAAUUUAUAUAAAUUACAAAUAAGUAAUAAUAGAUUAAAUGAUUAAAUAAAAUUAUAAUCAUUUACCAAUUAUUGACAAUAAGUUAUUCUUUUAAUAAUAAAGAUAUCGAAGCACGAUCAAAAUAUUUUAUUUU